CAGUUACCUUUAUACCUUUUAACGGCAGCCAAGGGCCAGCCAACUCUUGUGGAAUUGAAAUCUGGUGAAACAAUUAAUGGUGUUUUGACUGAAAUUGACAAUCUAAUGAAUCUAACUUUAACUGAAGUCAUUGAAACUAGUGCAAAUGGUGAAUCGUUUUUGAAAAUACCUGAAAUAUUUGUCAGAGGUAAAGAUAUCAAAUAUUUACGAUUACCAGAAGAGUUAAUAGGAGAAAUCAAACAACGUAAUGUCCAAAAUCAAGAA